AACUGAUCCCACCUCUGAUGAAACGACUGAUUCUAAAGAUGAGGAGGAACUGAGUGACGACGCUGAAAUGACUGACGGUGACACUCCAGUUGACGACGACAAGAAGGAAUCAGAUGAAGUCACUGACAAAGAUCUGGGCACUGACAGCUUAACUCAUGAAGAUGAGGAGGAGGCUACAGAUGUCGCAUCAAAUGAGGAAGAUCCACUGAAUGACGACGGCGACGAGAAAGAGGCGACAGAGGAGGAGACGGAUGGAGACGAGGGUGCGACCUCAGAAAGCGACGGCAAGGAUGAAGAUCAAACCGACAGCGAAGUUCCGAGCGAUGAAGAAACUGAUACGAACCAAACCGACAGCAAGGCGGAGAAAGACGAAGACGAGCCAGACAAGCUGGGCGAAGAAGAGACGCUUGCAGACGACUCACAGACUAAGGAGCCGGACGACCUGGCUCCAAACACGCCCGACUCCACUGAAGCACAAACUUCUGACAUGGACCUACUUGAUGACUCCACUCCCGCAGCUGGGAACCAGACGCCCAGUCUCUGAACCAUGGAAGCUCUCUGAUGCCAGAACGGCGCUCCGGUGUCUCCAUGGUGAUUUACUGCUGCCAUGACAACAACAAACUAACCUGCAACUAAACUCAACUGUCUCUUUGUUUUGUGUCUUUUUGAUUUGAGGCUGCUUUUGUUUUUCAUAAAGAGAUAUUAGAAAAUAUCUUCUUUCCACUCUUUCUCCUCCUUGUUCUUCUCUGGGGUCUCUUUUAAUUUUAGCUCAUUUUCUCGCCUGUCUGCAGAAAAUAUUAUCCCAGCUGCUGAUCUUAGAUCUGCUCUGUGGGUCUGAUUUCACACAUUAAUGUGUACAUACAGUCCACUUUACCGUUUACUUUACAAACAUUAAUGAUUAUUUUUACAAGAAAUUGAUGAAUGUCAAGUUCUUCACUGUACACAGAAAUUGGCUAAUAAAGUGUGAACUGUCAGAAA